GGCGAGAAAUUCAUCGCUCAUUUUGUUGAGAAAAUCAGUUCUCACAUGUUUCAUUGCUAAAAAGGUUCUCUUCAUAGUAGCUGUUGAAACGAGCAGCAUCAACACUAGAUAAAUCAAUCGACUAAUCAAUUUGCAUUGUGUGUCCAUCCCUGCACACCAGCUACCUUAGUAAAUUUGUAAGGGAACAAAUCUCAUAUUUCUUUUAGUCUUUUACGUUUUAAACUUUUUAGAAUUUUAGGUUUCAUUGUUUUUUUAAGACGCAUGAUCUUUGGGGCUAAAAUUUCUAGGCUAAAUUUAGAAUAGUGAUUUGAAUAUGUUCAAUUUGAUAAUUUUUUUAGUUAAACCCAAUCUUAUCAUAGAAUAACACUGGGUCGAAUGUCUAAAAUCAAAAAUUUCAUAAGGACUAUAGUAACUACGAAUCCAGAUGAGGGCUGGGCCGGGGCCUGGGUGGCCACCCCCUGGAUCCGCCAGUGAUUCAGUUUAGUGGCUCGGUCGGUGUUUGGUGAGCAUUAUCCUGUAAUUUCACUUAUAAAUAAACUUUUCAGAUUAUUUCCCGCUCAACUCUCGUCCAUAUCGGGCUCCCUAGUACGUGAUCAGUUGCACAUGUACUGUGUCGAGAAGAACAACAUGCGGCUUCUGUGAGAGGUGGCUGCCAAGGACGAGGAGAUACAAAAUCUCAGGGGCCAGGUGGCUGCAAAGGACGGGGAUAUUCGGGGCCUGCAAGAGGUGGUAUUAAGGAAAAUAAAAAAAUAAAUGUAUUUUACUUUUUUAUUUCUCCAUCUAUUCUUUCUCCCCACCUUUUCCAUUAUCAUUCUGUUCCUAGCUUCAAGGAACGUGGGGAACCUUUCUGUUGCUUCUGUAUGUAUAUUUAACUGAGGAAAUCAUCUAAUAACAAUUAAGUUAGAUUCUCCCAACAACGUCUAUAGCAAAACCUCCUUCAUAGUAUCGGAGCUGGUUACGGUCAUCUAGCUCGGAUCUGAUUUUUUUUCUUUCUCUUCUCUCGAGUGAUACCCUGCACUCUCUCUUCUCUUCCUCUGUUUUCCAUGUCAGGCUCAUGAGGCUCAAACAGCACAUCACUUGUUGAUGAUGCCAUUAUUACCUUUAAUCCAGCUGCUCAGCUGCCAUUGAAGCUGACUUCAAUUAAUUUUCACUCCUGGAAAUCUCAGCUGGAGACACUUCUUAUGGGAUUGGAUCUUAUCAGUUUUAUUGAUGGAACCGGUGUGGCUCCUGCUCAAACAGUCACAGCAGAAAAUACCACCGCUCCCAAUCCUGCUUAUCGGCGCUGGUAUCGUCAAGACAAACUCAUUUUACAUGCUCUUUGAUGCUCUAUUUCUGAAUCGUUAUACUCCUAUGUCUCUGCGGCUGUUACCUCUCGCGAAGCUUGGCUGAUUCUGGAGAGACUGUAUGCUAGCCGCUCUCAAUCUCGUAUUAUAAAUCUGAAAGGAAAGCUGGCUUCCACCACCAAAGGAGAUCAGGAUGUCGUUACAUAUGUUAAUGAUCUCAAACUAAUUGCUGCGGAACUUGCCCUUAUUGAUGAACCUGUGAAAGAUCUGGAUCUGGUUGUUCAUUGUCUUUGUGGUCUUGGACCGGAAUACAAUCAGUUUGCUGCUGCCGUUCGAGCUCGAGGAUCAUCCAUAGCCAUUGAAGAUCUUCUCGAUUCUUUGGUUGAAUUCGAAGCUGAUUUAAAAGUACAUGUGCGCACCUCCGGCGUUCCCACGGCGUUUUAUUCCCAUGGACUUCCUCGUCGGGGCAGCGGUGGUGGCUCUGGAGAUCGCAGCGAUGAUGAUCUCCUUCCUGGCGGCGGCAGCUCCUUUCGUGCGUCUUAUGGUGGUCGCCAGCAGCAGUUGGGCUUUCCCCCCAAUCGCCAGCAGCAUUUGGGCCUAUCCUCCAGCCCUCGCAGCCCACACUUCACUUCUGAGCCCACACGCUCACGCCGGCCCACUAUCACUUGCCAAUACUGUGAGCGUCCAGGCCAUUCAGUCAGGCAAUGCUUCAAAUUAUUCCCACAAGCCCGUCAGGCCCAUAAUCAGAAUCGCUCAGCCCAGGCCAAUUUUACUCACACAGGCCCGUCUAGUGGCACUUCUUCUGGUCCAUGGUUAAUGGAUUCAGCAGCAAGUCAUCAUGUGACUUCAGAUUUGGGCCAUCUCUCACUUUAUUCAGACUAUACAGGCCCCGAUGAAAUUCUUGUGGGUGAUGGUUCGGGUUUGGCUAUUUCUCAUAUUGGCUCAUCCUCAAUUUCCAAUGGUUCUAAUACCUUAUUUUUGAACGAUAUAUUAUGUGUUCCCACUAUCAAGAAACACUUAAUUUCGGUUGCUAAGUUAUGUCAAACUAAUCCAGUAUCGGUGGAAUUUUUUGCCUCUCAUUUUAUUGUGAAGGAUCCUCGCACGGGGGCGCAGCUUCUGAAGGGGGAAAACAACGGUGAUGUGUAUGAGUUACCACGAGAGGUGCAAAAUGUUCGCAUGGCGCUUGUAACGACUCGGACAUCAGCAACUUCGUGGCAUGCCCGUCUCGGUCAUCCAUCUCAUCAGUCCUUAGCUAGUCUUAUUCGGUCAUUUUCUCUCCCUGUCUCGUCUUCCAUUACCAAUUCUCCUUGUGAUGCUUGUCUCUCAAAUAAAAGCCACAAACUCCCUUUCUCAGUCUCUUCAUUAUCCAGCGAUCGACUGUUUGAUCUUUUGUAUACUGAUGUUUGGGGCCCUGCUCCAGUUUCUUCCAUUGAUGGCUAUCGUUAUUACUUGAUUAUUAUUGAUCAUUUCACUCGGUAUACUUGGUAUUAUCCAUUAUGCAAUAAAUCUGAUGUUCUUAACACUUUUCUCUCUUUUCGUAAGAUGGUUGAGAAUUAUUUUUCCACCACUAUUCGUCGUUUGUACACGGAUGGUGGAGGGGAAUUUCAAAAAUUACGUUCUGAUCUUAUUGCUAAUGGAAUUACUCAUCUUCUCACCCCGCCUCAUACUCCUGAACACAAUGGCAUUGCUGAAAGAAAACAUAGACAUUUGGUUGAAACUGGUAUCACUCUUCUCCAUCACGCUAACCUUCUGAUGACUCGAUAUUUGCACAUGUUUUCCCCUUUGUUUCUUGAUUGUUUGAGCUUUAAUUAUUGCGUCUUUGGCCUAUUUUAUUCUAGGUUGUGUUCCUUUGUCACAUUUCAGGUCCUAGCACAUAAAGUGAAGCAUAGGCGCAAGUUUCAAGUCAAUCAGAGAUCAAUUGGCGAUUAGGGAGAAGAAACUCGGGCAUGACCUGAAGAAGAAUGAAUUUCUACCUUACUUUAUGGACAAAGAAUCAUGAAAGCUUGUCAUGAAAAGAAAGAGGACGAGACUACGAGCGUCUGGGAUCAAACGGCGACUGAUUCGGAGUCCGGACGGGGAGAAACGAAGCAUUGAAUAUAGGGAAACAGGUUCA